GAAAAAGAAGAAAAACCUUAGCUCGUAGAAGUUAUAAAUAAAUAAAAAGAACUUGUACUUCGCCUUCUGCCCCCAACACAUUAAGGUGAUCAAUGGUGAUAGGGUACGGGUAUAGUGAUGAUUCUCACGGCAAUCCAGCAGGGCGGUGGCAGGCGGCCGGAGAUGACGAAUAUCUUAACCAGCGAAGCCAACCGCCACCAUUCAUGGCCGCCGCCGGCGGUCAACGUUCAACCUUCACAAGGAACUACUACUCCCCUGAUAAUUACUCCGCCGGUGAUGGCUCAAACAACUACUAUGCCAUGAAGGCCGAAACCGCCGUCGCCCGACCCGUGGUCAACCAUCAAUUUUUCAUUGACGGUGUGCCGGUGAACAUCGAGCGACCGGCAGGCGUGGGAAAUGACGGUAAUACCCCCGAAGAGGAUAUAGAGGAUACCUUCAACAGAUAUCGUGCGGCGGCGAUUGCUGCCGUAAAGGCUGGCCCAUCUUCCGGUGGCUCAACGCCCUCAACUACCACCAAUAAGCCGAUGACAUGGGGGAGGAGGUCCUCGUGGAAGACCGCCGACGAAGAGUCGCCUCCUCCCGCCGGUGGUCGCCGUGAUGGCGGCCAAGAACCGAGCCGCCCGAAUUGGGCUUCUGGGCCGAGGCCCAAUACCCGCGACGGCUCAUCCUACGGUUCAUCAGCAGUUACAGAGGAGGGUGAAGGUGAAGCUAAAGUCAAAGAUGGCGUUGACUUUGACUCUCCUGCACAUGUUGAGAAAGGCAAGGACCAGAGAUAUACUUCCGGCCAGCCGCCGCUUAAACAGCUCGAGAGGUUGACCAUCAACGACCGCCAGAGGCCGUUGACCAAAUACGAUGACGGGUCCGGGGAGAACAGAGGUUAUCAGGCGGCGGCGGCGGAUAACAAAGAUCUCACGAAGAAAUCUGACGGCGGCGGCGGGAAAUCACCAUGGAGCAGUGGGAAGCAAAAUUACGGAUGGGGCAUGAACUCCGGCAGCCGGCAGCCGCCUGCUCCGUCGCCGAAGCGAUACGGUGGGUUUGGGUAUAACUCUGUCACCACAAAUUCGUGGGGUCAGAUCGCUCCAGUACAGCAGCAGAGAGGCUAUGUUAAUGUGAUGGACAGCAAUGAAGCAAGGCGGCGAUAUGGGAAUCUCCGGCCAGCUGCACCGGCGGCGAUGGGGUACUACAAUGGUGUUGGAUCGGUGAUUACCAGUGAUGAAGCUGUGAGGAAAUAUGGUGGCUUCUAUCUCCCUAAUCGGUAUUAAUAAAAUAUGCUAGAAAAGUUGUAAUAAUAUGAAUAAAUGUGGAGAAAAUCCCUAAACAAUAUUCUUUUCCUCCCUUAAAACUUGACCACUUAGAC